AUGGGCGCUGCUGGAAACAUGGCUGCUAUCUUAAUCGCAAACACGUGGUUUGAUGAUAGCAGGCAGCAUGUAAGGCGCCUGGCGGUUGAGAUUCUGGGGCACUGUGUGGGCUGUGGCAUAGCUGAAGCAUUGGAUGCAGCAGCAGGGCAUCUGCAAGAUGCUCGGUUCUUCGUGCGGAAAGGCGCUGUGGAAGUUUUGGGAAGAGGUGCUGUGCAGGGCAACCGAAGAGCAGCGGUGCUUUUGCGUGCAAGCCUGGAAGAUGCGUUUCUGGAUGUGCGGGACCUCGCUUGGCGGUGGCAUGUGCGUGUGGUGCGUGCUGCUGCCUCAUGGUUGGGCGACGAGAGGACAGACUCUGGAUUGGAGCUGCUUACCGCACUUGCGCAGCUGGGUGACCGCCAUGCACUUCUGGCUGCAGCGGAUCGCUUGGGAAGCUCGUCAGUAAUUUGCAGACAAGCUGCCGUGGAUAUCCUAGGAGAAGGAGCCUCGCAAGGCCAUCCCCUUGCAGUGCUUGCUCUGGCGAUGUGUAUUCCUGAAGCAGACCAGGAGUUGGAAGUGAACGAAAGGAUCCUCAAAGCAAAGCAGUCGCUGUCUACUUCAUCUCGUGACAUCUUGCAUGCUCUCGAUGGUCACCUCGAGGUGGAUGCUCUGAAUUCGAUUGCGCAACGCGAAGCAGGAGAGCAGUCACAGCAGAACCAUCAUGAGAUCGUGCACCAAGCUCUGCGACAUUUGGCAGCCGAAGGCAUUGCUAGUGCGGUGCUGUUCAUCCUUGAUCUGCGACGAGAUUCAACCGAAAUCCAAUUGCACGCGGGCGAAGCACCUUGCUCCAGGGAGGCGCGCGAGACGAGCGCCGCAUUGAAUGUGCUGUCGGCUGUCAGAGAAAGCAAUAUGAGGACAUGUCCUUGCAAUGACUUCCCUGUGCUGGAGGCCUCAGAUUCCUAUGUCGAAAUGUCAGCUUUAGAGGUGUUGCAGGCUUCCGCGCGGCAAGGCGACCAUCAAGCAAUCGCAGCCAUCUGCCAGAGUUUGGAGGCAAGCCGUGCUGACGUGCGGGAGAAGGCGCUGGAUGUGCUGGGCGGCAUCCCUAUGCAGCCCUUUCUUGCCGAAUCCCUCGCAAAACGGCUUGCGCAUGAUCGGUCAGAGGUCAGGCAGGUCGCAGUGUCACUUCUCUGCAGAAACGCUGACAAAGACCUGGUCUUCGAUCUGGCGGUAUCGCAUCUCGACAGUCCUUGUGCUGGAGCCAGGCAAUCGGCAAUUCGGCUGUUGGCGGGCGUGGCUGAGGAUUGUCCAAACUGCCUGCCUGCACUUCGGACGCGCCUCUGCGAUGAAGAGGUAGAGGUUCGCCAAGAGGCUCUAACCGCGCUUUGCACUCUUGAUAGAUGUGCAAGGGCUCAGAGGCUUCAAGUCCACAGUGACUGA